AUUAUUAACUUGGACUUAACUGAUGAUCAUUAUAUUUUGUUAUUAGAAAAAUAAUCAUGUACAAAAUUGUAGCUUCUAUUUUCGUUUUAUUCCAGGUGGUGACUUGCCAGACAAUUGGCAACAUCUACAACGUGGCAGCUUACAACAACGGUAUUACUCCCGUCAUCGCCGAGGUAGCCCUCGCUAACAGUCUCGCUGCCAACGCCUACAACCCAGCUGUCAAUGCGUACAACCCAGCUGUCAACGCCUACAACCCCGCUGUAAACGCCUAUAACCCAGCUGUCAAUGCCUAUAACCCCGCUGUCAAUGCCUACGCGUAUGAGAUCCCUCAAGCACCUUGCUCGAUUCCCGGCAUCAACUAUGGCCUUGGCGUCGCAGAGCUUGGCGCAUCCCGAGGCCCUGGGCUAAGAGUAUCCAGCACCUCCCCCAUUUCCCCAAGUGGGAUGACAGUGGAGUCAGAAAAUAUUGUUAUGGAAGGACCUUUGUCCGUUUCUGGACAAUUACCGUUCCUGGGAGUGGUGUCCAUGGAGGGACCUCUUCCUGCCGCUGGUCUGGGUUCCGUGGCCUACAACUGCGGUAGCGGCAACGUGGGUAUCGUCACUGAAGGUCCGGAGACGGUGGCUGCCAACCUCCCUGGUCUGCCUGGGCCCCACGCUCCUUUACAGGCGCGAGUAGCUUUUUAAGUGUUAGUUAAUUAUUUAUUGUCAAUAAAUUAUUUUUAAUAUUUA